CACACACACACACACACACACACAGCGAUCGUCUGCGCUCUCACACUCAUCCACAUCACCAUCAUCGGAUCUGAUCGCACUCGACUGUUUCUCACGGUGGAGAGGAUGCUGUCGCCACGGUGACCCCGUCCGCUCUGUGAUUGGCUCGUUCUGUGUGUGACAUCAUGGCGAAGAGUCCAGAGGUGAAGCUGGCCGUGUUUGGGAGAGCAGGAGUCGGAAAGUCAGCUCUGGUUGUUCGGUUCCUGACCAAACGCUUCAUCUGGGAGUACGACCCUACACUCGAGUCCACCUACCGCCAUCAGGCCAAUAUCGAUGAUGAGACCGUCAGCAUGGAGAUUCUGGACACCGCCGGACAGGAGGACGUGCUUCAGAAAGAGGGUCACAUGCGUUGGGGCGAUGGGUUCAUCCUGGUCUAUGACAUCACGGACCGCGGGAGCUUCGAGGACGUGGCUCCGCUGAAGGGCCUCCUGGACGAGGUCAAGCGGCCCAAACACGUGCCUCUGGUGCUGCUGGGAAACAAGGCGGAUCUGGAUCACGCCCGGCAGGUGGCCACAGAGGAGGGCGAGCGGCUGGCGGCGGACAUGGCCUGUGCCUUCUACGAGUGCUCGGCGUGCUCGGAUCAGGUGGGGACGGGUGGAGGUGUGGCGGAGGCGUUUCACGAGCUCUGCAGGGAGAUCCGCCGCAGACGCUCUGUUCAGGGCAAAACCCGGCGACGCAGCUCCACCACACACGUCAAACAGGCCAUCAACAAGAUGCUGACCAAGAUCAGCAGCUAGAGCAUCUCUGGAUAUAUAUAUAUAACCCUCAGAUCAUCUGAGAUCAGGAUGAGUUUGUGUCUUCAUCAGGUUUGGAGAAAUGUGGCAUUGCAUCAGUGUCUCAUCAAUGGAUG